UGUGUAUCCCCUUACCAGCUUUGCAACAUGGACUGGAGUUUCAGAGUGGCAAUAAGUGCAUCAGUAAGAAUUUUGCAACAUUUGAGGGAGCUACAGGCUGCAACAUCACCAUUGGAGAGAGAGAGAGAGAGAGAGAGAGAGAGAGAGAUGUGCUGUACGAGACUCUUUAUACAGAGCCUACAGAAUCAGUCCCUGAAAUGACCGUGUUUGUUGGCUAUAAACAUAGGUAGUGACAUGACUCAGGCGUGACCCUGGAGAUGCCGAAGAGAAGAGACAUCGUCGCCAUUGUGUUGAUCGUGUUGCCUUGGACAUUGCUCAUCACUGUUUGGCACCAGAGCACAAUCACUCCUCUGCUUGCUAUUCAAAAGGAUGAUAGACGUGAUGGUCGCUCCAAUUCCAGGAAUACUUUCGCUUUCAAGGAGUCCUGCUCACUUCAGAACCGGGACAUCGUGGAGGUGGUGCGGACUGAGUAUGUCUACAGCCGUCCCCCGCCCUGGUCUGACAUCCUUCCCACCAUCCACGUCAUCACUCCCACCUACAGCCGGCCGGUGCAGAAGGCAGAGCUGACACGCCUGGCCAACACCUUGCUGCACGUGCCCAACCUGCACUGGAUCCUGGUGGAGGACUCCCAGAGGAGGACCACUCUGGUCAGCCAUCUGCUCCAGGAGUCGGGACUCAACUACACCCACCUGAACGUGGAGACGCCUAGGAAUUAUAAGGUACGCGGGGACACUAGGGACCCACGAAUACCUCGAGGUACCAUACAGAGGAACCUGGCCCUGCGGUGGCUCCGGGAGACAUCCAGCGUAAACAACAGCCAGCCUGGGAUUGUCUACUUUGCAGAUGAUGACAACACAUACAGUCUGGAGCUGUUUGAGGAGAUGCGUACCACCAAAAAAGUGUCCGUGUGGCCUGUGGCCUUUGUGGGUGGCCUACGGUAUGAGUCUCCUAAAGUAAACACCUUGGGCAAGGUGUAUGGCUGGAAGACUGUCUUCGACCCACACCGGCCCUUUGCCAUCGACAUGGCUGGGUUUGCAGUGAACCUGCGCCUCGUUCUGUCUAAACCUCAGGCUUAUUUCAAGUUACGUGGGGUGAAGGGAGGUUACCAGGAGAGCAGUUUAUUAAAGGAGCUGGUCACUCUCAGCGAUUUGGAGCCUAAAGCUGCUAACUGCACUAAGGUUUUAGUAUGGCACACACGGACAGAGAAGCCUGUGCUGGUAAAUGAGGGCAAGAAAGGAUUUACAGACUCUAAUGUAGAGAUCUGACACAGGGGAGGCAUUUAUCCAUGGGAUUCUACCUGGAUUCAAACCAACCUCAGAGCUCCUUAAAGCAUUAGCCAGGGUCAACAAAAUGAUCACAGCACAGUAGCUGUAAUUCACCACAGCUUAGUAAUGGAGGCGCACCUGUCCAUGCCAGGAGACAGCACUAGCCGUGUGCGUGAACUGACCACAGAAUAUCAAAGCACAACUGCACAAAAACAAGCCGGCCUGCUCUGCUCGGAGCAUUGGCUGAUGCGAGACACUGGUAGGAGUUGCCAAAAGAAGCUUGCUUGCUGAGGUCUCCUCGGAGAGCUGAGACAAAGGAUGUUAUGCGAUUUGAACCGCAGGAAGAGAUGGCACUGCAAGCAAUAAAGAGCCCUCUGAGCCUAGACAACGCCAGCCAACCAUCCAAUCAGCAUUAAAUAGGGCCCUUUUGUUCUGAGGCGAGCUGGCUGUCGGGCACAGGGCUGCACAGAGGAAUAAAAGGGGUCCUUGUCUUAAGUGAGUCAGCACUGACUGACAGACUGCACUGAGGGGAGCUGAGCCCCCCUCCACCCAUGUACUGUACAACACUGAACUGUUUAGAUAACAUCCUGAACCUAGCACUAAUUAGGAGUCAUGUUACUCCUUAACACACAUGCUCAGCCAUCACGCUGCACAUGAUGAGCACACAUACACACGUGCACUCAAAAAAACAUGGAGCAAUGAUUUAUUACAGUGUAACAGUGAAGUCCUCUCUUACAGUCAUUUACUGUAUUUAUUCCUGCUGUAACACUAUUGAGGUCUACUCAUAUUUAAGAGAAGUAUUCCUAAGGGCCUGUCCACUUCUCAGGCUUCUUCAUAAGCUAAUUAUGAUCCAACUGAGUGAACUGAAGGUUUCUCAGCAGAAUUAUUUAUUGUUUCAGAGUCACUGGUACUAUUCACUUGUAAGUUGUGAGCUAUGCUCAUGUGAGUCAAUGGGACAUGAAGCCAUUACUCUAAAAAUCGGAUGCGCAUCCUUUCAAAUAGCUGUAUUACACAAUCUUAAUUAUUCCCACCAUGGAUGGCUGGCAUGCAAGUGAUGAUUUCAUACCCCAUUGACUUGCAGUGGCACUGCUAAUGUUCACUGACUCUGUGCCUGUGAAGACUUUGGUCAUUUAUUGAUGUGACACACAUCAAUAAACAACCCUUAACUUAA